UGUUCGUCACAGAGUUUUAUGGUUAGUGUCCAGUUAAUAGUGCGGGAAAACAAGACACAAGUAGCACAGCAGUGAUUACUGCAGAAACCUUAGUGGGUGAUGUAUUCGGGAUGCGAACUAGUAAUUUUGGAAAAUUGUCCUAUAUAUUUACGAAAACUGAAGAGUUCAAAACUAGCAAAUGAGAUACGUUGUGUAUUAAUCGAAAUAUUUCUGGUUGUUACUUAGAGACCCAGUUCUUCCUUUUGUUGAAAUCUUGCUUAAUUUCGAGUUGACACGUCCUGCUGCUGUUUUUUGAACUGCUCAAGUAAGAGCAUAACUUAACUGCAGUGUCACAGCAACUACAGUUCAUUAUGGAGCCAUGGAAUAAAUUGUAAAUUAUGUAUUACCACUAAACACCUAUUACACUUCCAUGUGAACAACAGACGUUUUGUUUGCGAAAUACUGCCUUACCGUCGACGUUCUUUUAUUUUUGCCUAUAAACCAAGCGGGAAACUUAACACGGGGGUGCUAGUUUGUUAUCUCGUGGGAAAAGUUAAUAUGUUGAAAAGCCAAAUUGUGAUUAGAGACUUCCGUCAAUGAGUUUUACAGAAAAAUUGUCAAAAAUGAUAUUGUUAAGGAUUUUCUUUUAAUGCACUUUACAAUGUAAUCACUAGAAUUAAAUCACAAACAGGGAAAUCCCAAUGAAUUCUCAAUGUUGGCAACAUGUCAAAAAUUAGACGCUUGAAUUUCUUGAUUGGCAAUUGCUCUGCGGGUUGAGUACCCGCAAGUGCACGAAAUCAUGAUGCCUGUGGGACUUUGGUGUGUUUGUUAGAGGCUUUGCAUCGCAUUGCACAUGUAAACAGUAGUCAAUGCGAUGUAUGAUACUGAUGUAGUCCGUCACAUUUACAAAAUUGCGUACAGUGUAAGGAGGCAUGGAUCUCAUUCCCAUAAAAAUAAAAGUUCGUCAAGAAAUUUACCAUCAUAGUUAGUAAAUACGGCAUAAUGACGAAUUCUGCGUUACUUAUCUAAUGUUUUAAAAUUUAUUAUACCUUGAGAAAGUGUCGGCUGAGGAGAAACACGAGAAUGAUCAAAGAAAAAUACGGCGAUUCGGACACAGCUACUAGUCCGGUCAUUCUCGAUUUAGAGAAUUGGAUGUCAGACCUUCCAGAAGAGUUGCAAAAUUUGCCGAUAAUAUGUCUGGCAAUACCAGGUACUCAUGACUCCGGUAGCAGCUCUAUUACUCGAAUGUCACCCAUUGCCCCGGAUUCUGGACCCCUUGUGCGGAGAUUGGGGAAGAUAUUUGGACCAAUUGUUAAAUUCCUGGUUUACAACUGGGUUGUCACUCAGCAAACGUCUCUUACUGAACAACUGAAAUAUGGUAUCAGAUAUUUUGAUUUGCGAGUUGCAACAAAGAAGAACUGUAAGGAACUUUACUUUGUACAUGGUUUGUACGGCAGUGAGAUAAGUUCGCUGUUACAAGAAGUGCGUGCAUUUCUUGACACACAUCAAGGAGAAGUGGUGAUUCUUGACUUCCAACAUUUUUAUAAUUUCUCAAUUGAAGAUCAUAGUCAGCUUGUAUCACUUUUGGAUUGUAUCUUUAAUAGCAUGAUCUGUCCUGCUAUUAGUGAUGUGAAAAGUAUUAGUCUUUCUUGGAUGAGAGAGAAAGGGUUCCAAGUGAUUGUAAUAUACAGGGAUGCUGCAGGGCAAGGGUUUUGGCCAGCACGGCGCUGGCCUACUCCCUGGCCAGAUACGACAUCCCCACAGAAGAUGCUUACCUUCCUCACAGAGACACUGAAUCGUCGUCCAGCAGGAUCUGGGUUUGUUAGUCAGUGUGUACUUACACCUAAUGUAAAGUUUGUACUGUGUAAUCCAUUAUCCACAUUGAAGAAAACAUGCGGUGACCCGUGCAACCGAGCUGUACUGCCUUGGAUAGAAAAACAGUGCCCUGGUCCUGCUGGAAUCAAUGUCAUCAUAGCUGACUUCGUACACGCCGAAGGUUUCCCAUUCACAGAGACAGUUAUCCUGCUUAACCUAAGACUGUUGCAAAAUAAUCGAGAAUCUGAGAAGACAAACUACGAAAUGGAAAUUUAUAGCUCAGAAAAUUAAUAUUGUAGACAUGUGGGACAGCCGAAGUCAAGCACACAAAAGAACUUUAAGGUAUGGCCUAUAUACUUGUCUGCCCCUAUAGAUAGAACUAAUAUUUAUCUUGAAAAGAAGCCACUGAUAUGCAAAAAAUGGCUUUUCUUGAUCUUUGUAUGUAAAUAAGCACAAAUAAAGGUAUUAAUCUUCA